CCGGAGUGCAAGGCCGAUGGAGGAGGAAGUAGAGCUGCCAUGGAGGUUCGGGUGGUUUGUAAGCCCAGCGCUUCCGUGGGCGUUUGGAGGUUCGGUUCAGCUUCCGUGAAGCGCCAAGUCUCUUUUGAUGUACGACCAACUGCUUGAGGGGGAGGUUCGGCAGACUUCCUUCGCGAAAUCCUAGAGGUUCUCUGACCCCAUAAUCGAGCGAAAAGCCGAGGCUCGAAAAAAGGUUCGGUAUUGGGGUCCGUUUGAUAUGACCAGAGGUUUGGGUAAAAGCUAUUGCGAGCUUCUUGAAGUGGAAGGCUGGAGUUCGUUGAAGCGCUAUGAUGGCUGGGUGCAGUGUGGCUAGACAGGCAGGCAGUUAUGUUCAUGCGUAGUCAGCAGCAGCAGGUUCGUGCUCAGCAAGCAGCCGACCUCGCGGUUGAGGUUGGGUUGGGGUUCGUUAGAGGCUCGGUAAAGGGUCGGGUAAAGGUUCGGUAAAACCUCUCGACCAGAUGGAAUGGUACAGGAAGGGGAGGAAUUGAGUCGACAUCCGGAUGGUUGAAGUGGCUAUUCAGGUAACUGCUUGUCAGUUGGUACGAAGUGCGUGGUUGUGUGAGGUUAGGUUGGGGGUCGUUGGAGCCUUGGUGAAGGCUCGGUUAAACCUUCGGAAAAGAGGAAAUGAUACAUAAUAGGCGUAGGAAAGUGGGUCUAAAUACUGACUCUAGGGUGUGGCGUCGUUGGAGGCUUGGUGAAGGCUCGGUUCAACCUUCGGAAGAGAGGAAAUGAUACAUAGGAGGGGAAGAAAAGUGGGUCUGAAUACUGAAUCUAGGGUGUUCAAUCGUGAGCGCUGAAUACAGAGAUUGGAAACGAGGAUAUGCUAGUUUCUUUUUUUUUGGGGGGGGGGGAGUAUUUCUCGAUUUACCAGGCGUUUUUGGUCUUAUCUUGAGGAGAGUUUUCUCCGUCGUCGUCUUUUCUUUUUGCCGAGGAGUCGUCGCCGGAGGCGCGGGAAUCGAAACUGUGAGAGGUGCGCCCGCGUGGAGAGUUCUCACGAGUUGGAAACAGUUCAUUGCAAAUCACGAGAUUGUUGGAAUUUCGUGCAGGAGCUUUUAUGAAUUUGGAGAAAGUUAAUCUGCUGCGUCUCGUUGCUAGUGAGAGCCGCCUUUGCUUUUUUUUUUUAUCGGCCACUGUCGGUGACGAUUGCUAUGGCCACGAUGAUGGCGAUGAUGGCGAUGAGGGCGAUGAUGCCGAUGAGGGGGAUGAGGGGGAUGAUUACUACGACGGCGAUGAGGGCGAUGGUGGAUUACAGUCUCAGCAGAUUGGAUUAAGCUACCGUCUUCACCCGAAUACAACGCACGGUCAUUAGUUUUAGCUGUAUAGCGACCCCAAUACAUUUCUAAUGAUCGUGCGUUCUAUUCGGGGGAAGAAGACGGUCGCCGAUGUUUAUCCCCACC